AUGGAUUUUGAAACACCUGAUGAAGGCUACUCUGCAAAAUUGUUGCUCCUGCUGUUGGUUUGUAUUAUUGUUGAAAAUGAGGAAGAUGUUGCUGCAUUUAAAGACUUUACAGAUGAUGACAGUGGGACACCUCAAUCUCAGACAUCAGAUAGUCCAGUUGAACCACCCCAUCUGUUACUCCAGCUCCUGUGGCCAGCACCACAACUCCUGACUCACCGCCAGCUGUGUCAUCUUCACAACUGGGAGUGCAAAGUCCGCUUGCUCGGAAACUUGCAAAAGAGAAAGGUGUUGAUUUACCGUAAGCUAAUUCUAAAAGAAGAAGAAUUUACUGACAUUCCUUUAUCAAAUGUUAGAAAGGUGAUUGCUAAAAGAUUACUAGAAUCAAAACAAACUAUACCACAUUACUAUUUAUCUGUGGAUAUACGCAUGGAUAACAUUAUUGAACUUCGUAAAGAGUUGAAUGAGUUAGUAAAGUCUGAGUAUAGGUUGUCUGUGAAUGAUUUCAUCAUAAAGGCAUCAGCCUUAUCGUGUAAACAAAUUCAAGCAAAUUCCUAUUGGAUGAACGAGUUUAUCAGACAAAAUCACAAUGUUGACAUCAGUGUUGCUGUAAGCACAGAUUCUGGUUUGAUUACGCCUAUAGUUUUCAAUGCAGAUAAAAAGGGACUAGGAAAGAUAAAUUCAGAUGUUGUUUCACUUGCGAAGAGAGCUAAAGAAAACAAGUUACAGCCACACGAAUUCCAG